AUGGAGACUCCAAAUAAUCUUCGCGGUGGGAAUGGUCUAGAGAGUGAUAACGAUCUGAAAGCCAAGCCUAUACGACGAAGUUUUUCAAUAUCUGACUUGAAGUCUUUCUCUCAAUCCCCGAAAAAGUUCGAUUCAGAUGCUUUUGAAGCUAAUUCCGCAGCGGUAAAAUCAAAGGUGGAGGUGCAAGCUUUAUCGUACUUUGCGCUGACAAGCCAUGCUUUAUCUGAAGAAAUAAGCCAUGUACAGCAAGCAAUGGUUGAGUUGGCAGCCACAUCCGACGCCCGAGGUCUGCUGGCCCCGUUUUACUUCGUAGUAAGUGGUUUGCCACCGCUGUGGCGUCGGAUCAAGGCGUUGGCUAAAGGCAAUGUGCGGGGGUGGGAAAUCAAAUUUGCGUGUACUCAUUCAAUGCUGUUGACAUCCAUUCUUGCGCUCUCGUUGUUUCUCCCAAUUUCCAGGAUCGAGGAAUCUGAAAUUGCUUGGGUUUACACCUCAGCUGCUCUUGCCGCCCAGUUAAGUGCAGAACCAACGCUUUUCAUCGGUACUAUACGUGUUCUUGCGACAAUAACUGGGGCUGGCAUCGGGUUUGGGUUCACUUCUAUCCUCGACGCAAUGGGCCGCUCAGACCAUUCAGCCAUUCAAUACCUUGCAAUUCCAUACAUGUUUAUCAUGACCAUCGUGUGCCUGCUGCUUGUUCCGCCCGCAUAUCGGUAUGCAGCUUUUCUCGUAAUUGCGACAAACGCCAUCAUUAUUUUCUGUCCAAGAUCUACCCCCGAAUGCACACGAGUGCUAGAAAAGCAGAGCGAGAGUUGCUUUCCCGAUUGGAAGUACGCUCUAUCACGAAGUACUAACGUAGCCCUUGGUGUCGUGUUUGCUAUGUUUUUUCAUCUCAUCUUCUGGCCGAGGUAUGCAAAUCAGGUCGCUCUUCGGUACCUUUCAGCCGCUUUCCUUAGUUCCUCGAGACUAUUUGGGAAACUCCAUCGCACGUACUUUUCGUAUGGUCUCCCUAGCGGAAGCGGGUCCCCAGACCUUGAACCUUCCACAAGCUAUGCACGGGGCGACUUGCUCCUCAAUGAAGAUGUGUACCAAAAAGAUCAGAGUGUCUUGGACGAAAUCAUAUCAAAAGUGGGCUGCCCCCUGGCUGAUGCUAUGCUGCUUGUGAAGUCAGAAGCUGACGUCUGGCAAGCGGGACCAUUCCGUUUAGAUCCACUGAUCCCGCGCGUACUGUCUGACUUUGUGGCGCUGUCGGUAAGCCUUGUGGAGAUGGCAUCACUAUUGGGCCGUCGGCCCAUCUACUCUUCGUCAUAUGGCCGUUCUGUGUUUGAGCAUUUCAUUCAUCCAAUGUUAGGCGUGUACGAAACAAUUCAGAUUUCUCUGAACAAUCUGGUCGGCAUCACCGACCGCACGGUCGCGGGCAACAAAGAACAAGAGACACGCGAAAACUCAUUCGACCUGCACCACGCAAUCACGCAUCUCGCACGAAUUCGAGGCAAGCUCCGACGGGAUGCGGCAAAGCGCUCCUUCGAGUUCCAAAAGUUCAGCGCGAUUCAACUCACACGUCGCAAGCCGUGCCGUUUCUCCCGACAUGGGAACGCAGCCGACGACUCGUACGUGGACCUAGUCUUCCAGGACCUUGGCCUCGCUAAGCAAACCCGAGAUGCGUCAUACCCACGUGCCCGAUCCCACAACGAAACGAACCGUGCGUGUAAGACUGAUGAGCAGCGCUUGUGCGUAGACGACGUGGUGUUGUACGAUGCGUUUACGUUCAUCACGGACACCUGUCUCAGCGCGUUUGUGCGCAUCGCGGUGGCGGUGCUGAUCGACUCGGAGGCGAACCUGAAGCGAAUGAAAGAACGGCGCCAAGAAGAGAAGAGCCUCUUCGCAAAAUUCAAGCGGAGUCUAGCGUCCCGAGGUGUCCGACGAGGACACCAGGACGCGCCCUGA